GCACCGUUCAAAACAUUGGUGAUAACUUGGCGGCAUGGCAACUUUUCCCGGAAGAGCACAAGGGCAGCUAGCUUUUGAUGAGUAUGGAAGGCCUUUCAUAAUUUUAAAAGACCAAGAAAAGAAGAAGCGUCUGUGCGGUAUAGAAGCACACAAAUCACACAUAAUGGCAGCAAAAACGGUUGCAGGGACAUUGAGGACCUCAUUAGGCCCUAAGGGCUUAGAUAAACUGCUCGUUAGUCCCGAUGGGGAUGUUACUGUCACUAAUGAUGGACGGACUAUCCUUGACAAAAUGGAUGUAGAACAUGAAAUUGCUAAAUUGCUUGUUCAACUUAGCAGAUCACAAGAUGAUGAAAUCGGCGAUGGCACCACGGGUGUUGUUGUCUUAGCUGGUGCACUUCUUGAACAAGCAGAGCAGCUUCUUGAUAAGGGUCUUCACCCAAUUCGAAUAGCAGAUGGUUACGAACUUGCUGCGAAACACUGCCUUUCUGUUUUGGACAAGAUAAGUGUUAAAUUCGAGUUUUCGAUUGAGAACACAGAACCCCUCAUUAAAACUGCAAUGACCACUCUUGGAUCAAAAAUUGUAAAUCGGUGCCAGAGACAGUUUGCGCAAAUGGCUGUUGAUGCUGUCCUUUCUGUUGCCGAUUUGGAACGUCGGGAUGUAGACUUUGAGCUCAUUAAAGUGGAGGGAAAGGUUGGUGGUAGACUUGAAGAUUCGUUGUUGGUCAAAGGUGUGAUCAUUGACAAAGACUUCUCUCACCCUCAAAUGCCGCGGUCAGUGGAAAACGCCAGACUGGCAAUCCUAACAUGUCCUUUUGAACCUCCAAAGCCGAAAACGAAGCACAACUUGUUUGUUAGCUCUACUGAAGAUUAUAACAAGUUGAGAGACUAUGAACAGAAGAAAUUCGAGGAAAUGGUCAAAAGGGUAAAAGACACUGGUGCUAAUUUAGUUAUCUGUCAAUGGGGUUUCGACGACGAAGCCAACCAUUUGUUAUUGCGUGAAAAGUUACCCGCUGUUCGAUGGGUUGGCGGUCCUGAAAUAGAGUUAAUAGCAAUUGCUACUGGUGGAAGAAUAGUGCCUCGAUUCGAAGAAUUGACUAAAGAUAAACUCGGUAAAGCUGGUUUAGUGCGUGAACUUUCAUUUGGCACCACAAAGGAGCGCAUGCUCGUGAUUGAACAAUGCGAAAAUUCAAAAGCAGUAACUUGCUUCUUGCGUGGCAGUUCAAAGAUGAUUGUGGAUGAAUCGAAACGUUCUUUACACGAUGCCCUCUGUGUUGUCCGGAAUUUGGUGAGUAUUCUCUAUUAUAUUAUUUGCUGCAUAUUUAUUAUCCGUUCAGUGGGUUCUAUAGUUUUUUUUUGCAUAGUUUGUUUUGCAGCUAUUAUAUGUUGACAAUGAUUUGGUUUUCCCAGUUUAAAACAAGUUUCAAAGUGAAAUUCGUGAAACAUGUGUAACAGUUUUGCCGUACUUCGUUCGACCGACUUCAGAAAUUGGGACGAAAAAGUAAUCCCAACAUAUUAAAAGCUGUCCGUCAGGUUUUAUUUGUUCUCUAAAUCACCCAGUUUUUGAUAAACCAAUGAGAUUUUUUUUCAAAUACCGUUUUACAAACUUAUCUUUUAUCCGAGUAUUUAGGGAUGUAAGGAGCCAGAUUACAGCAAAAUAAAGUAAUAGUGGGGGCAUCAAGUUUACUGUAAUUCUGGGUUUGGGAGAUAAGGGUUGUCUACAUAUCCAUUGUCAAACUCCUUUACCUUCUUAUUCAAGAAAACUACCUCACACAGUGUUCAUGAUGGUCUGAUACCUUUUCGUGGUGAAAAUUUUCCUUCAUGUGGAUGAACUAAGUGUCUUGAAAUGUUAUGUGUAGUAAAAGCUAUUCCCACGCGAAAUGACGGAAAUUUAUCCUAUGGUUUUAUUUGACUGAACAGGAUUAAUAGCAAUCCUCUUCUGCUGGUGUGACAAUACACAAAUUAUUCACGAUUUCUACAAUCCGCAUGGGUAUCUUUCUCGAUUAGCAGGUUUUCUACCAUCCAGAUAUCAUUAGAGAGGCUUUUUAAAGGUCAUCUAAUCAAUAAUGUAUCAUACAUUAGCCAGAUUCACAAUUGAAUGGUAAGUUUAUUUAAAUACUAUUCAUAUUUACAAGUAGGCCUAACCAGCCAAACCAGCUUUAUCUUAAUGGAGGACUAGCAGCUUCGCUCAUUUAAUGGUCAUGCAGUUCAGUGAUGAGUCCGAACUUUCCCAGUUCGAAGUAAGAAAUUCCGUAGUUGAGCUUUUAAUCAUGGAUGUAAGUAUUGUCUAACUACAAAUACUAUAUGACGGUAUAUUUCAUCAAUCUCUUAGGUUUCACACUCAGUUGUUUUCUGUGGCCAUUAUACCAACCAACGAAACAUGGAACUUGAAUCAAAUACAUUUUUUUAUUUUGUUCUUGAUUUUGAGACUGCAAUUUAUCUUAGCACUUUGCUUUUAAGUUAUCUAACUAAUCGUAAACUUUUUACGUAGGUCCGUGAUUCUCGAGUUAUUGCUGGGGGUGGCGCUUGUGAAAUCGCAUGUGCUUUGGCGGUUUCAGCUGAAGCUGAUAAAGUUGAGGGUCUCGAACAGUACGCAAUGAGGGCGUUCGCUGAUGCUUUAGAAGCGAUCCCAAUGGCAUUGGCUGAAAACUCAGGUUUACCACCUAUCGUUACAGUUGCCGAAUUGAAAGCAAGACAACUAUCCGAACAUAAUCCUCAUCUUGGUGUAGACUGUUUAAAUGUUGGUACAUGUGAUAUGCAUCAGCAAAACGUCCUGGAAACACUAAGCUCCAAACGUGCACAAAUUAUGUUAGCUGUUCAACUUUGCAAAAUGAUACUAAAGAUCGAUGAUAUUCGUGUUUCUGUCGAUGAACUUAAAUUUUACAGCUGGAUUCAUUUUGAAGUUUGUAUGUGAACAGUGGAGUGCAAAGAUCCGUUUUGAUCAAAUAUAGGUUAUGUACUU